AACUUACCUCUUUCCUACUUGAAAAAGACACUUUCCAUCUCAAAAGUACAUUAGUGCAUCUAGCAGCUGCGAUGGAACUUGGGAAUUCAAAUGAGCUCUAUCUUAUGGCAUGCAAUUUAGUGAAGGACUAUCCUCAAAAGGCUUUGUCAUGGUUUUCUGUUGGCUGUUACUACUAUUGUAUAAAAAAGUAUGAUCAGUCACGCCGUUAUUUCAGUAAGGCUACCAAUGUCGAUGGAAACUUUCCACCUGCAUGGAUAGGAUAUGGGAAUGCUUAUUCUGCUCAAGAUGAGGGAGAUCAAGCUAUGUCAAUUUAUCGCACUGCUGCUCGUUUGUUUCCAGGGUGUCAUUUACCAACUUUGUACAUUGGAAUGGAGUACAUGCGAACCCACAACUACAAACUUGCUGAGCAGGUGACUUAGUGUUCUGUAAAGUAAAGUGUUUAUUUGAAUACUGUCUUUUGUGAUCUUGACUUUGGUACGAGUGUGAAUCAAUCCGCGUCUAUUCGUCUAUGUGAUCGUAUAAGGGAAGCGCUGACUAGUCAGCGCAAGCACCUAUAAAUAUAAAUGACCGAAAUGGUAUCUCUUAGCCUGAAAUAAAAACCAAAUAUUACAGCAUAUACGUGUCAUAAGUUGGUUUUGGAUGAAGUACUGUUAUACCUUUUAUAAUACCUAGAUUCUUUGUUCAUAGGGUACUCUUAAUGAUGGAAGAGUAAUUGCCGUGAAGCAAUUGUCUGCAGCAUCCUGGCAAGGAAAAAAUGAGUUUCUCCCUUGUUGUGUGUUCUUGCAGGCAACGUAUUAAGCUCCCCCCUUCUUGAUUUUAUGUCAUGCUUGAUUGUAUUAUUUGGUACUAAUUCACUUUAUUCUUUGAGCCCAUUUUUGCUGCAGUACAGUGACUAAGAAGAAGUUGAGGCUGAGAAUUUGGAACCUGCUAAGUACAUUAUGUAUUCAAAUGGUUUUUGAUUUGGUCGACCCACAAAUAGAAGUCCUGAAACACUGCCAAGUGUUAAAUAAGGUAUUUUGUAGUUGAUUAGGUGUUUUGUGAAAAUUACUUUGGGAUAUUGCUAGAAGCCUAGAACAUGGAAAUUACUGACAUUAUCUGUAUAGAUGUUUUCAUACUUAGGAGAUUCAUUUAUCUGUUAGUGUAUCUAGCUAUGUUGUUCCAUAUAUGAUUACUUACGAAUUCAAAAUGAAUAGAGGAAAAUUCUUACAAAUAAG